CUUCACAAAAAAAUUAGGGUCAUACCAACACACGUUUCCAAUGGACUUGUGAUUCUUACAAGUUUCUCAACAAAUAGUUGAAUCUUUUCUUUUUGCCUCAAACUUAAAAUUCAAACACUUAUAAAUGUGUCAUUUGAUUUGUUUCUAGCUAACUACGUCUGCACCAAAUAUGGCCUUCAAAUUUCAUCAAUUUUCGGCCUUGGUCAAGUCCAUAAUUAUCAUAAGCUGCUUGCAAUUGAACUCAUUUGGAGUUUCCCAAAAUGAUGAGGAUUUGACCAAGGGAGCUUCAUUUAUAUUUGGGGAUUCUCUAGUUGACGCGGGCAACAAUAACUAUUUACAAACUUUGUCCAAGGCUAAUAUUGCCCCAAACGGUAUCGAUUUCAAAGCUUCCGGAGGAAAUCCAACCGGUCGGUAUACAAACGGAAGAACAAUUGGAGACAUUGUUGGGGAAGAAUUAGGGCAGCCACACUAUGCGCAGCCGUUUCUUGCCCCAAAUACGACGGGAAAAGCCAUAUUGUACGGUGUGAACUAUGCCUCCGGUGGAGGGGGAAUCAUGAACGCCACUGGAAGUAUAUUUGUGAAUAGGCUUUCAAUGGACAUUCAGAUUGAUUAUUUCAACAUCACAAGGAAACAACUUGACAGAUUAUUGGGGGCAUCAAAGGCAAAAGAAUACCUUGCUAAGAACUCAAUUUUCUCCAUCACAGUAGGGUCCAAUGAUUUUCUCAACAAUUACCUUUUGCCUGUUAUAUCAAUGGGUGCCAGAAUAAGACAGAGCCCCGAUGCCUUUGUUGAUGACCUCAUUAACCAUCUAAGAGGACAAUUAAGGAGGCUUUAUCAAUUGGGGGCAAGGAAAUUUGUAGUGGGAAAUGUGGGGCCAAUUGGGUGCAUUCCUUACCAGAAAACUAUCAAUCAGCUAAGUGAGAAUGAGUGUGUUUCAUUACCAAAUAAGCUUGCACUUCAGUAUAAUGCCAGAUUAAGGGACCUUGUGCAGGAGUUAAAUGGGAAUUUAGAUGGAGCUACAUUUGUCCAUGCUAAUGUCUACGAUCUUGUCAUGGAACUCAUCACAAAUUAUGCCAAAUAUGGAUUUACUAGUGCAAGCAGAGCUUGUUGUGGUAAUGGCGGCCAAUUUGCGGGUAUAAUCCCAUGUGGGCCGACAUCAAGUAUGUGUUCGGACCGUGAUAAGCAUGUCUUUUGGGAUCCUUACCAUCCAAGUGAAGCUGCUAAUGUUAUAAUCGCAAAACAAUUAUUGGAUGGUGGUACAAAGUACGUAUCUCCCAUGAAUCUCAGGCAGCUCCGAGAUCUUUGAUUUUGUCGGUUUUUCUUGAUUUUGAUGUUGUGAAUUGUGAUAGUUACCAACUUGUUUGUAUUUACCAAAUGAAAAAGAAAAGGGAAAAAAAAAACAGAUUUUAUAAUGAGAUUGUGUGUUGUUUCUAAUGUGUUUGAAAUUACAACCAAUUUAUACACUAUGGAGUUAUUAAUUUGAAGAAGA